CGCCGGCGCUUUGCCGCACAGCAACAUGGCGGCGUCCAUGGCGGGGCGAGCGGUGGCUCUGGGGGUCCGCGCGGCCUUCGGGGGGCGGCGGGGCCGGGCCGCGACCCCCGCGGUGCCACCCCCGGAUCUGCCCGGGCCCCGCCGCCCCCUCAGCGGCCCCGCCGCGGGGGGCCCCGAUACGGCCGCGGUGCUGCGGGAGCGGCUGCGGCAGCACCAGGUGGCCGGUGCCACUCCGGGCCCGCAGGACGAGGAGCCAUCCCGGGGGUCUCUGCGGCGCCUGGCGCUGCGCCUGGGGGGGCUGCUGGCGGCCACCGGGGGCGUGGCCGUGCUCUACAUCUUCGGCAGCAACGCAGUGGACGAGCACGGGGAGAAGAUCCCCGAUGAGUUCGACAGCGACCCCGUGGGGAUCCGGCACCUCCGCAGGACCUUCAAGUACUUCAAGGAUUACAGACAGGUGCGAUUUGGGGUGGGGGGAUCCUGGGAAGGUUUUGGGGUGUCCCCAGGAGUCCCGAGGAAUGGGAGAGACUCUGUCAUUGUCCCCCAGGGGUCUGCCAACAGCUUUGUCCCCCAGGUUGGAAGUGUUUGGUGGCCCCGUCCUGGGGAAGGGGAAAUCCCCCCCAAGACGGCGUUCCCGCUGAUCGACAGCAUCGACCCGCACGGUUUCGUCUCCUACCGCCUCUUCCGCGACGCCACGCGCUACAUGGACGGGCACCACGUCAAGGAUAUCUCGUGCCUGAACCGGGACCCGACACGCGUGGUGGUGGUGGAUUGGCGCCGGGACUCGUUCCAGCUGCAGCCCUACAAUGGUUUGGCGUUGCCGCGCUGGGAUGGCAGCUCCGAGGAUCGGGGGCUCUAUGACCUCGCUGCCUUCCUCAAGACCAUCGCCCUGAGCGGGGUCGAGGACGUUCGGACGGUGCUGGAGAAUUAUUCCCUGGAGGACGAUCCGCUGGCGGCGUUCCUGCGGCGCCGGACGCGCCUGGAGGAGGAGGAGCAGCAGCGCCUGGCGGAGCUGGCCCAAGGCAAGAAACCCCCGGGGGCGUUCCUGGGGUCCCUCACCGGGCGCCUCUGGCCGCGCUCCAAGCAGCAGUGACGUCACCGUGACGUCACCAAAACGUCAUCGGCGGCGCCGGACCGGCGUCAGAAGUGGGGGAGAGGACAAACACCCCCCGCCCCUUUGCCCCCCAUCCCAAAUUCCCGGGAAUGCCGCAGCUGCGGGAGGUGGAUCCGGGGGAUUGGGGAAUUUUGGGGGAAUUUUGGGAGGGUUUGGGGCAGUUCCAGGCCCGUUUUGGGGUGAAUAAAGGCUGAUGUGGA